CUAUUAAAGUGUCGGCCUUUCAAUGGAAAGAAAGAGACAUUUUUUCUGUAUUUUUGGAGACAACAAAGGCCAUUUACUACAUAAGCAAUUUUAAGUGAAAAAAAAUUGCCCGCAUCGUCUUUCCGGAACCAUUCGUUGUUUUGGGUCAACGAAGUAUUUUGCAGACGGACCUGUCCUACGGCGUUAAAUGUCCGGCCUCGUUCGUUCAGCCAGAGAACGACGCUGGACUCAAAGUCAGACCCGCGUGCAUGUGACCCUCAGACUGCUGCACACAAACCGCUUCACAGGAAUGGAUGAUGACGCACCCGAAGAGGUCUUUGCUGAACUCAAGAGCAGGCCAAUCGGCGGUUGGGGUGUUGCUCAGAUAGCAGCCGGCACUGGACUUGCUGUGUACGCUAUGUGGGUGGGAAUCCUGCAGCCGGGCUUCCGAAAAGUCCCUUUGAGGCUGCAGGUCCCCUACAUUCCUGCCAGCAAAGCCCAAGUACAGAAUGUGAUGACGCUGCUGAGAGGUCGAAAGGGGGGCCUGGUGGAUUUGGGAUCUGGUGAUGGCCGCAUUGUAUUGGAGGCCCAUCAGCGUGGAUUCAGUCCUGCUGUUGGUUAUGAGCUCAACCCCUGGCUCGUUCAGCUCUCCCGCUUUCAUGCAUGGAGAGCAGGCCAACAUGAAAAAGUGUCGUACCGACGAGAAGAUCUCUGGAAGGUCGACUUGUCAAAAUGCAAGAAUGUUACAGUAUUUUUGGCUCCCAGUGUGCUUUCACUGUUGCAGGAGAAGUUGCAGGCUGAGCUUCCUGAUGAUGCUUUAGUGGUAGCUGGUCGUUUUCCUCUCCCUGACUGGAAACCCUGCAGGAUCGAAGGACACAGUGUGGACAGAGCUUGGGCUUAUAACAUGCAAGCACAACGACAGAACAUCUGCAAGGAAAAUAGCAACCCCAUAACCACAGAGAGUAAGAAGGAACUAAGCAAGGAGAAAGCAUCCAUUUGAAGCUACAUGGAUUUUGCUAACUUCUUGACCUCGCAAACUGAUAACAUGGAAUUAUACGCUGUAUAAUUAACUUACUGCUCAUAAGCUGUAAAUGUCCUUCACUGGAAUGUUGAGGAUGUUUAACCAGACUUGAACCCACCUACAGGAAGAUGUUUCUGACAAACUAUUAUGUCUGUGUGCUCUACUUGAACCCUAAAGUUACAGUAUAAUUUUUACACAAGUGCUCUCUUCUACAGUUUUGAUCAAACGUGUCCUUGAUUUAUUAUCAGCAAUAUCUGAUCCACAAACUCCAGAGCAAAAGAUUGUGUUGACAUGAAAAGAAAAAUCCCUAAAAAGGAGCACGAGCUUUUAAAUUUUGUCAUAUGUGCUUUUAUUUCUGCUUUUAUUUAAAUGCUGGAGAACUGAAAGCAAUUUUCUGUUUUAAGCAUUCUAUUAUUUUCAAUCACUCGUAAUUAUUAAUUAGUAUUUCUUAAACAGAUCUAUUUAUAAUGAGAAAACUUAUGAGGGAUUUUGAAAUAUCCAGGUAGGGACAACUAGUACUAAAAAUGUGAGUGCAUUUUUGGAUGAGGGUCAAAGGUGCUUCGUGCUAGAAAAACAUCUUCGUGUGAGCAGCUGUGUGAUGUGGCUCUUGAAGUGACUGUAACACUUGAACCUCUGAAGCCCAUAAGGGUUCCUCGUGUCUAAACAUGCAGUACCAACAGCAUAGUUGUUAUGCUGCAGUGCAUCCGUUACUGUAUGACAUAGUUACCUCUUUGUAUAUAUGUACGUGUACUGUGUUGUUAAAGUUAUCCAACAAAUAAAGAUAUUUAUUCUUAUCUA